AAUUAAAUCCUCCCAUAUUCAGCCGGCAAUAUAAAGCUGGUGAGGAGCGUUUCUCUGCACUCUUCGGGUCAAAAGAGGGGUUCGCUGUUACCAAGUGCUUAGUGCUGCAACUGCAACUGGGAAGAAGAGAUGGCACCUGGCAAGAAGAGUAUCCUUGACCGUCUGAAUGCUGGGGAGGUGGUGAUCGGAGACGGAGGCUUCGUGUUUGCUCUGGAGAAGAGAGGCUACGUGAAGGCCGGGCCAUGGACUCCAGAAGCUUCUGUCACACACCCUGAGGCCGUGCGGCAGCUGCACAGGGAGUUCCUGAGGGCGGGAGCUAAUGUCAUGCAGACAUUCACGUUCUAUGCCAGCGAUGACAAACUGGAGAACAGGGGUCAAAACUUGAAACUCUCUGGGGCACUGAUCAACGAGGCAGCCUGUGACCUGGCUAGGGAGGUUGCCAAUGAAGGAGACGCGAUGGUAGCCGGUGGAGUGUGUCAGACUCCAUCCUACCUGAGCUGUAAGAGUGAAACAGAAGUGAAGGCUAUCUUCAAGAAACAGCUGGAUGUGUUCAUGAAGAAGAAUGUGGAUUUCCUGAUUGCUGAGUACUUUGAGCAUGUUGAGGAGGCAGAGUGGGCUGUGCAGGUGCUGAAGACCAGUGGGAAGCCUGUAGCUGCUUCUAUGUGCAUUGGACCAGAGGGAGACAUGCAUGGCAUCUCCCCCGGAGAGUGUGCUGUCAGGCUGGUAAAGGCUGGUGCCCAGAUUGUUGGAGUCAACUGCCACUUUGACCCCAUGACCUGUGUGCAAGCUGUAAAGUUGAUGAAGGAGGGAGUGGAGAAGGCCAAACUGAAGGCUCACUACAUGGUGCAGCCCCUGGCAUACCACACCCCAGACUGCAACUGUCAGGGAUUCAUCGAUCUGCCAGAAUUCCCCUUCGCGCUGGAGCCCAGGAUCCUGACCCGCUGGGACAUGCACAAGUACGCCAGAGAGGCCUACAAGGCUGGCAUCCGCUUCAUUGGUGGCUGCUGCGGGUUUGAGGCUUACCACAUCAGAGCUAUUGCAGAGGAGUUGGCCCCUGAGAGGGGGAUCGUGGCCGCUGGCUCAGAGAAACAUGGGAUGUGGGGUGCUGGUCUGGAGAUGCACACCAAACCCUGGGUCAGGGCCAGGGCCCGUCGUGACUACUGGGAGACUAUCUCUCCCGCAUCAGGUCGUCCCUUGUGCCCGAGCUUGUCCACUCCAGAGGGCUGGGGUGUGACCAAGGGCCACACUGAGCUGAUGCAGCACAAGGAGGCCACCAGCAGCCAGGAAAUGAAGCACGUGUUGGACAUGCAGAAGAAGGCCAAGUCUUCUGCAUGAGCGACACAUCAAGAACACCGAAGCACCCAUUCCGUCAGUGAGAGAGAAGGAUGAGGGGAAGGAGUGAAGUCUUUCCCGGUUCAGAUUGGAGAUAAAAAAAGCACUUGUAGCAGCGAUACUCCAAUUGUGGAGUAUUACUAUGUAAACCCCAAACAAUAAACCUGAGUUUGUCACUUAA